AUGUCUGCACCAAGUACUUUUCACGGAUGGGCCUGCCACGGCAAAGAUGAGCCCAUGAAAUGGGAAGAACUGAAGCUUCGUGCUGAAGACGAUUACAGUGUUGACAUGAAGGUCACUGAUUGUGGCAUCUGUGGAAGUGAUAUUCACACUAUGGAUGCCAAUUGGGGUACUCCCAAGUAUCCUGUCUGUGUUGGUCAUGAAAUCGCUGGUGUCUGUACUCGUGUUGGCCCCAAAGUCAAGAACGUCAAAGUAGGUGACCGCAUUGGUGUAGGAGCUCAAUCUGGCAGUUGUCAUCGUCCCGAUUGUGUUCCCUGCUCUACUGGAUUUGAAAACUUGUGUCGCACAGCCUUCACAGGUACUUACAAUGGUGUUUGGCCCAAUGGCGACAAAUCAUAUGGUGGUUAUUCAGACUACUGGAGAGGAGAUUGUCGCUUUGUGUUCAAGAUUCCCGAUAACAUCACAAACGAAGUUGCUUGCACAUUCUACUGUGCGGGCGUCACCACAUACGCACCUCUCAAACGCCACAACGUCAAUUCUGAUUCUGUUGUCGGCGUGAUGGGCAUUGGUGGUUUGGGUCAUUAUGGCAUUCUCUGGGCCAAGGCUAUGGGCGCCAAGGUGGUUGGCAUGUCCCACAAUGACAAGAAGAAGGAGGUGGCUUUAGAACUUGGUGCUGAUGAAUAUGUGAAUACCAGUGAUUCAGAGGCCUUGGCAAAAUACAAGAACAAGUUCACUCAUAUUCUUUGCACUGGUACUGGCCAAGACUUCCAAUGGGAGACCUAUGCUCCACUCUUCCAACCCAACGGUAUCUUUAUUAACGUCGGCCUUCCUGAAUGGAACUUCCCCGAGAUCAGACCUAUGCUUCUCGCUAUGAGCCAAGUUACCAUCUGUGGUUCUGCCAUCGGCUCCCCUGCUGAAAUCGAGGACAUGCUCGAAUUCGCAGCCAAGACUGGCGUUAAGCCCUGGUUCCAAACUUACCCAAUGUCAGAGGCACCUAAAGCCAUAGAGGAUUUCAAGGCAGGCAAGCCUAGAUUUAGAUUUGUUUUGAAAAACUAG